UAUGACAACAACAAAACUUUCGCCAUUAUGUGAGAGAGAAGUACCACGCAUAGGGAUAUGGAAGUGACGGCUAGAUGCGAGUUACAACCGUGAAAGUUGUGUAUGAAGUGAACUGAAGUUGCAUUCAUGCAUAAUAAGAAUUGUGAUUUGAAUACAUACGAAUUUAGAUUUACACCACAUUUGUUCAUGUUUUCGACGAGAUGAAUGGCUUCAGCACAGGUGAAGAAGAUUCACGAGGGCCUCCUGAUCAGAUAUGUUGUCUUGUAGAUGAAGAGGAACGGUGUCUUCGCCCUGCAGGCAACGCGUCAUAUAGCAAGCGAAUACAAAAAACUGUGACACAGAGGAGACUUAAACUUCAUCUUGAUCAUGCAGCAAGACACAUCUACAUCUGUGACUAUCACAAGGACGUAAUUCAGAAAGCAAGAACAAAACGACGGAGGAAAGAUUCUGAAGAAGACUCAAACGAAACUGAUACAGAUUUACCAGAAGUGGAUCUGUUCCAGCUACAAGUUAAUACCUUGAGAAGAUACAAGAGGCAUUAUAAAGUGUCAACAAGACCUGGCACCAAUAAGGCUCAGCUGGCAGAUACAUUAAUGAAGCAUUUCAAAACGAUUCCAGUGGUUGAAAAAGAAGCUCUUACAUUUUUUAUUUACAUGGUGAAGUCUAAUAGUAAUAAACUUGAUCAAAAAAAUGGAAUAAGUGCUGAUACAACAUAGUUUAUGAAGUACUGAUAUGAUGCAACUUUUCAUAUUAUAAAUGUGCAAUUUUAAAAUGGUAGGAAAAUGGGAAACCAUUUUUAAGUUAUGUGAUCUAUCCACAAUUGGAAGGAGCAGGUCUUUUGACCAGUGAGAAAAUUUGCUUGUUAAUGAAUGGUUGCAGAAAUAAGACAUACAACCUAAUGGCAGCCCUACCAGACAUCAUAUACAUAUUAUUUUAUGUAACUUUAAUUCAGCUUGCUGAUGUGCCUAGAUAGGAAUUUUUAAAACGGUGAUUUUAAGUUUAGUCUAUUUGUGUAUAGCUGUUAACCUGUUAUGUUAUGUCACAUCAGCACAGUAGAAUCUGUUUUGUGUGUUCUUUUGAAAUGUCUGCAUGCUGAUGAUAAUUUUCACAAUACUGUGUGUCUGUUUGUCUGGAAUGAAUAGAUAACGACAGCUGGUGUAAUGAUGUAAAUAAUGAAUGUUCUCAUUUUCACAUAUCUCUUUAGGCCUGAUAUCUCAGUUAAUGGUAAAAUAUAAACACCAGCACAUACUUAGAUAGGCAGAUGUUAAUCGAGCUUCUGAAAAGCAUAUGUUAGGGAAUUCUGAAUAUCCAGGUUUUCAAAACCUAAUAAAAUUGAAUGUUGCUUUAACUCUGGCUAUGACCCUUGCAGUAUCUUCUUCAAGGCCACUUGACGUGUAUCCUUAUUACACGGCACAAAUCAUGUGGUGUCACAUUAUUGCUGCCAGGAAAUUCAAUAAAACUGUUUUGAACAUUU